AAUACGCGGUUCCUUUUGUUUGAUUAUACACGAUUUGGUUAAGGUAUUCUCCACUCUUCCAGAACCUGCCUUGAACAGAACUUAUAUAUUCCAUCCCUUCCCAACACACAGCAAAGUCUAUUAUCAAUACUAUCAUCAACCUAGAAAAAAUACACAGAUUGUUGUCAUAAUAGAAGAAGAGUGCAUAGAGAAAGAAGGAGAAAGAAGAUGUGUUUGGUGUUUGUGUGCGGCGAUGAUGAAAGAGUGGUGUCAAGGCAACAAGCACCAGGGGCGUGUCCUAAUUGCGGAGGGAUGAUCCAGGCUCUGGACGUAAAGAGGCGGUGGACCUUCUGUUUCAUACCGUUGUAUGUUAAGACCAAGCGCAGACACUGCUGCACCGUCUGCGCCAAAAAACUCGUCGUCAAGCAAUAGUAGCUCAUCAUCAUCAACAUCACCACACAAGAUCAUCUCACCAAAUAAGUUUGUUUAGAAUUUGUAGCGGUCUCUCCCAACAGAUGGUUUUCCCAUGAUCGAACUUGUGUUCUCACCUUUACAUGACCUAGCUUGCGACCUUGUUUGUAUAUACUAGACUAGAUAUCAUGAUUAUAUGAUAACUUUUCUCCAUUUUGAGUA